UGCAUACCGGCAGUAACUUUGGAGACAAACGGCUCGCAACUCAACUUUGUGUCCGGAUGUAACUAAGCUGUUCCUUGGAUCGGAACCUUGACGCUGUCGCCUAAAAAGCUACGAUGUGAUCGGGACUUACCUGAACGGAACUCUUGCUAACAUCUUUUCAGACUGAAUGGAAGAAACGAGUCGGCUUUUUCAGUUAAUAUCAAAGUACUCACAAUGUGGACGAGUAGCAUUUUUCUGUUGGCGUGUUUCUGCGGGAUUGGUUUUGGAAACCUGCAAAAAUGUGACGAAGUGCGCAAAGUUUUCCAACUUAGGCAAAUUGGACCAAAUCAGUUGCUGCCUUCAAGUCCCAGGCCAGGCUCAGAGCUUCAAGUAUGUAAGUCUAAAGGCCAGACCUGUUGCACCAAAAAGAUGGAGGAAAGGUACCAGAUGGCGGCGAGGAGGGACAUCCAAAACCUUCUUCAGACGUCCAGCUCAAGCCUAAAGUUUCUCAUCUCGCGCAACGUGGCUGCUUUUCAAGAUACAUUUGAGGUUCUGAUGAGGCAGGCGGAGAAUCACACCAACGCCUUGCUCCGGGAGUCCUACGGCAACAUGGCUGUCCUUGUUGAGGGUCCUGUGCGGGAACUCUUCACUGACAUUAGUCUCUUCCUGCUUGGGUCUGAGCUCAACGUUGAAGACUUAGUCCAAAGAUUUUUUGACGCCCUCUUCCCACUGGUAUACAAUCGCCUCAUCAACCCAGGCCUCAGCGACCUAUCAGCAGGCUAUGCUGAGUGUGUUAGUUCAUCGAGCCGUGAUGUACGGCCUUUUGGUGGGGCGCCCAAUUUGCUGGCUGAUCAGAUUGCUCGCUCUGGGGUCUCUGGCAAGGUUCUUCUUCAAGCCUUGCACCUCGGCAUUGAGGUGAUAAAUACGACAGACCACUUGCAGCUGAGCCGCGAGUGCCGAAAGGCCCUGCUGAAGAUGCAUUACUGCCCCCACUGCCAGGGCUUAACCCAGUCCAAGCCCUGCAUGGGUUACUGUCUCAACGUGAUGCGGGGCUGCUUGGCAAGCAUGGCUGAGAUCGACAUCCACUGGAGGGAGUUUGUUCGCUCGUUGGAGGGUUUGUCAGCUCGGAUGCACGGACUGCAGGAUUUGGAGAAAGUGCUUUUGGGAGUUCACACACUGCUUCAUGACGCUGUUGGACAUGCUCAAAGGAAUGGACCCCGUAUCUCAGCACAGGUGCACAAAUUGUGUGGCCCACCAAACAGGAAGGCUGUACAGACAGUCAGUAUCCAGCACAGCAGCAGAGAGUCCAGCCAUUUUAAAACUCCUACUACAGUGUCAGGCGAAUCACUUGCUGUAAGGAGAAGGGACUUCCUAAACAGUCUCCGCCUCUAUCGGACCUACUAUGGCGGCCUGGCGGAUCAGUUGUGUGUGAGUGAGCUGGCCUCUGAUGACGGGCUGUCCUGCUGGAAUGGAACUGACAUUGUGAAGAGCUACACUCUGCGUGUGGUGGGCAACGGUGUCAAGGCUCAGGCUGCCAACCCUGAGGUCAAAGUGAAAGGAGAUGAUGCUGCGAUACAUCAGAUCAUAGACAAACUGAAGCACAUCAAUCAGCUGCUGCAAGGAAAGUCUAUUCCUAAACUGGGGACGUUGGACCAGAUUGAAACAGGAAGCGGGGAUGCGGAUGGACGUUACAGCGGUGACUGUGACGAUGAAGAUGGUUGUGAUGGGUCUGGUGGUGGCGGUAUCAAAAAGAACAUCCAAAGAGUGUCCAAAAUGAAUCCAGAUGUGUCCAGUGAUCACAAUCAUCAUCAUCAUCCUGCAUCUGCAAAGGAUUCCGAUAUGACAGUCCUAUCCAGGAGCGUCAGACUGACAGGAUCCGUUGUUGUCAUGAUAAUGCCUUGGUUACGUGUGCUCCUGGUGCUGUAAAAGCUGCAUUCAACCCCAAGACUUCAUUCCAACCUUAUUUAAAGGAGGACAUGUGGCGCUCCAACGUGUUAACGGAGCACCGAUUCCACACAGGGCAGGACACGCACAGGAGCUCCACUCUAAAGACACGAUCUCGUACUUGAGAGAGUGUAUUCUCCUGCUUUAACUGAAUAUUAUUUUGUAUCCACUACUUGACAUUUAACCCCCAUUUAUGCCAACAGUAACUAUAGUAUAUUUUUUUAAGUGCAUUAAUUAAAUUUUAUGUCAGCAUGUACGAUCCGUGCCCUGUAGCGAAAAUAUACUGUUGCUUAAAUGCUGUCUGCACAAAAUAGACUAUACUAAAUAGUCAGCUGUAACAAUAUUUAGGAGAGCCAAAGUAAUAUAAUUUUUUAUGACUGAUAUUGGUUGGUAAAAUAACGUGGAUGAAUUUACACAAAGCUGCAACAAAACAACAUUGCUAUAAGAUAGCAAGGUUUUGGAUAUCUGAUUGAAAGCUGUAAUAUUUGCAAUUCUGCCCAAAGUCAGUUUAACUGGUAUAUUUAAAUUGCAAAAUUGACCUGCAAGGCUUCUGCUGAAAAUAGCUGUAAAGGGAUGAGGUUGGGGACAUGAAGCAAAGUGGAGAAAAGGGAGGGACAAUUCACCGUUAUUUCUUCUUUAGAAAUAGAUUACUUUCUGCAGGAGCCUAUUAUCUUCUUUCAGACUCUAUCUCACUCAGCCUCCAUCGGGCUGGAAGGGAGCCGUCAGCUCCUGGAGCCUCCGGUGAAGAAGAAUCCAAUCUCUUCAUCCUGCUACCUGGCUACAUAUACUAUAUGUACAAUAUGUACAUCAUGAGCUGCUGGGGGUUUGCUUGGAUAGAAACAGCAAAUGCUUUGUUUCACAGAUGCCAUGCAUGGGAAUGGCUGAGAGAGAAUUUAUUUAUAGUAUAAGGUGUGCACUCUUUUGCUUACACUGGAUGUCCAGGUGAAGAUUUGUGGAACCAGGCUUAAUUUUAUGUGUUCAUUCAGCACUUUUAUUCCGCUCCUCUUCUCUGAUUAUCCAGUACAAGGUCCUGGUGUUUCCCAUACAUUCAAUUUGGACUGCACAUUUAAGAUCAAAUAAGAAACUCCGCUUCUUAACAUACCUCAUACGCACCUGGUCCGGCCCAGAAAAGACGUUGCAGGAGGGAUGGAUGUUAGUUUUAAGUCACACAGGAACGAGUCAGAGACAAACUUUGGCUUGCAUAAGGAAGUGCUAUAAAUUUGCAGCUGUAAGCUUUGCAAAUACUCAGUUAUGCUGCACAAAAGAACAGGAGAUCAUUAAUCCAAACCCCCCCUCUCACUCAUGGUCCGAACAUCAAUGGCAACAGAAAGUUAACACAUAGAACACGCGAUGCAACCUUAUCUACUGCACCACACAGAGAUGAAAAAUAAACACCUACGCACAAACACACACGCAAAAUUAUACCCUUAUCUGAACACUGCAAGGGAUGCUGGGUACUCUUUCCCAGCACGAUACACUGUAUUUAGCGAGUAAUUGGACUUCUCUAGGUACUUUCUUUCAAACAGGCGACUGGCGACAAAUCUAGCGACUUUUUCUAGUCAAAUUGGACACUUUCAGAGACAUGAUAGCAUGAAUCUUAAGGCAUUAAGAAGACGCAUUCAAAUUGUGAUAUGUAGUAUUCUACUCUGGUCACAAGGUGUCAGUAAUGUUACUGUAAUGUUCGGUGAAACAUACAAGCGCCAGACUUGAACAACAGGUUUUCAUUGCAGGUUUGAAAUAUCUCACAAUAGGCACAAUAAUCCCUCAUAAAAAUCCCUAAGAAAACAGGCUACUGUUGCGGCCGUAACCUACGACAAGCUAAAACUUAACACCUGAUGUCGCUUCCUGUCCUUCAAACGUCCAGAACACAUUUAUUCCAACACACAUGAGCACAAGUCUUAUUUAAGUCUUAAAUGGCUUAUUUUCUCUGAUUAUAUCUACUAUAUCGGGUAAUACAAGUGUAAAAGUGACUAUAGGGUUGUUGUUUUAUGUCUCGAGAGCUCUAAUAAUGUUAAAAAACGUAUUUAAAAGGUUGUAAACAGGUUUUCUGUGCGCUAACUAUGAAAAUAUCCUAUUUAUAAAAAAAGAAUCCUUAUUUAUCCUUAUCCUUAGAACCAAUUAAACAAGGGAUUCCUGUAUGGAUGAUCUUGAUCUAGGGUGAUAUUAUAAUGGUAGUGUUCACUUAACUUCUGCCAGUAAGAGCAUCUAUUUUACCUGAGAACAGUAACACACUGUAAAUUGUGGCAAACAGACUUGAAAAGCUUUAUUUUGUUUUAAACCCAUGCUCCCAGUCAGCUGAUAAUUGUUCAAAUGCACAGUAUGCUGUGCUUCAGUGUUCAUUCCGUACUAAAUUAUCAUUAGAACAGACAUCUGUCAUCCAUAUUUAACUAAUGAAUGUUACAUGAUCACCCCAGUUAUUUCAAGUACAGUAUACUUCCUGCAUCAAGACGGUGGCGGAAAGGAUGUUAUUAGCUGUAUGUUUGAUUGUGAUGUACCUGUAAAUCUAGGUGAUAACAAGCAGCAUGAGAAUAGGGAAGCCCAAUGAAGAUUUGUUGAUUGUGUUAAGUGGUUGCUGCAUUUAUUGGCUAAAUGGAAGAAAUUGGUGGUAUGAUGAUGUCAGUUAUAUGCUGACAGGUAGCAUUGUCACCAGCUGGCAAAGAGCGACGACUUCAUUUGUGUUUCGUUCAUUUAAUAGUUGCAAUCUGCUUUGUUACUGCAAAAAAUACUUUUUUACCAUGUCUUUUGAAGAAAAUAUUUAUUGCAUUUCCAUCACAUAAACAAAUUGGGCGUACUCAUUUUCAGUUUUACCCUCACCUUGGGCUGCUUUUUAACCUCUAAUUAGGCCUUUUUUUAGAAGAAGCAAUCAUUCAAAACAUUGUAACACAUUUUAUUAAGAUAAACAAACUGUUUUUUUUUCUCUCACCUGAGUUUUGAGAUAUUUCUGAUAUGUGAAACCACACGCUAAUUUAACAAUGUUGUUUUAAGGUGACAUCCAUUGUGAGUGUUGUAAAUAUCAUGAUUAAUUGUAUUUGUAUACAUGUUAAAAAAUAGAUCAUUUCUUUGAGCAUGGGGGAAGGGUUAGGAUUUGAUAAGCUCGUGCUUCUUCCUAUUCCUCUCCUGUCUGUUUGGAUAGUGUUGUAUUGUGCCUUGUAAUAUUCUAACAUGUUCCAAAUAAAACCAUUCAUUCAUUCAUACAACAGUCAUAGGGAGAGGCUGCAGGCUCUUCUGUUGGGAGAUACAAAACCUUCAGCUCUUUUUGUACACUUGAUUUUGUCAUAACCAAAAUCUGGUACUUGUAAUUUUUUGUAUAUAUGGUUUGGCAAACCCUAAAAUAACAGAACAACUUUUGUUUUUUAAUAAAAUGUUAAAAAAAUAAAAGUCAUAUCGCAAUCGCUGAUGUUGGGCCAGUGUUGUGCAUUGAAGGCGAUGGCAUUAAAAA